AUGUCUUCGCCGAGCAUUACAGAGCGAAAUAUUGAUUUCGCUAGGGACAAAAACCCUGCUCUCUCGUUCAUGGUCCAUGCAACCGAGCUAGUCCAGCGCCGAAUUGGCCAGAGAAUCAAUGAACAAGGAAUGCUCAAUGAGGUUACUAGAUCGGUUCAAGAUACCUCGGUUACUAAAGGCCUACCGUGGCUAUUCUACCGGGCCGUGCGGACGGCCAUCAUAGAGAAGAACAGAAACCUAGUGAACGAGGCAGAAGAGCCGGUGGAUGAGGGCUUCGCGGAGGAGUAG